CCUCGGAACGGAACCGCUCCCAGUCUCCCAUGACUCCAGUCAACAGCCGCGAGGCACGAGCCAGCACCCCGAAUCUCCCGGGCGGCCGGCCCCGAUGAUUUAGCCGGAGAGCUCGUCGCGGCCGGAUCAGCGCAGCCAGCGCAAUGCCGGCCCCGCCGGAAAGCGCGGCGGGCGGCAGCAGCGGGGAGCACCUCCGCGCCCACGCGCACCUCACCAACUGCAUCCACCUGCGCCACCACCACGCGCACAGCCACGGCAGCGCGUCCGGCCGGCGGCGCAGCCCCCCCGAGUCCUCCGCGUCGCUCAUGCGGGACCUCCUCGCGAUGCAGCGCUCCCGCUCGCUCCGGGACCCCUCCACCCGCCGCUCCGUCGACUCCUCCUCCCGCGUCGCCGCCGAGCCCCCCGAGCCGGAGGACCCCCCCGCCCCCGGCCGCGGCGCGCUCAAGACCCUCCUCGACCAGCUCGCGGAGGACCCGCGCCCCAGCAGGCCCGCCGCCCGCCGCCCGCGCCGCCGGUUCAGGCGCGGGGCCGGCCGCCGCGCCGCGCCCGCUGCGGGCGCGGACGCCGGCGGUCUGGAUCGCGCCGGCGCCUUCUCCGCCAACUCCAGCUCCCAGGAGGCCGUCUGCGGCAACAGGUACUUCUUCGGCGCCGGCGCGGGCGGCGACGACAGCGACGGCAGCGAGGCGCUGCAGCAGCGCCCGCGGCCCCAGGCGUCGCAGGACUCGCGCAACGUCUGCGGCAUCCCGUGGAACUGGUCGCGCCUCCACCACCGCAGCAAGUCCAUCCUCGACAUGGCCGGCCGGAGCCUCUCCUGCGGCCUGUCUGACCCCAAGUCGGCCGCCGCGGCGCGGAGGUCCUUGGCCGCCACCUCCGCGGCCUCCUGCGGUGUCUACGCGGACGGGUCGCGUUCGCACCCGCACUUCCCGGUGACGGCGAGGCUGACCUCCUCCACCAGCUCCGACUCCGACUCACUGCCGCUGCUCGCCGAGGGGACGCGGAAUGGCAUCCGUGCCAUUUCCAGGAGCUUCUCUGGGGAGCUCGGGAUUUUCUCCAACCAGAGCAGCGAGCUGGAUUCCGACCUCAUGUCCGAGGCGCGCUCGGGGCAGAAGUCGCGGGGCUCGCACCGUGGCCGGCACCGGAGCCUCACUCAGAAGUAUGCACCCAGGACUUUCAAGGACGUUGUUGGGCAGAGCUUGGUUGUGCAGGCGCUGUCCAAUGCCAUUCUCAAGAGGAAGAUUGGGUCCGUUUAUGUCUUCUAUGGGCCGCACGGUACAGGCAAAACAUCGUGUGCUCGGGUGUUCGCCAAGGCGCUGAAUUGCCAUUCUCCUGAACACCCUAAGCCUUGCGACACAUGUGCGUCUUGUAUCACACACAAUCUGGGAAAGAGUAGAAGUUUGGUGGAGAUUGGGCCUGUUGGCAACAUUGACCUGGACAGCAUUGUGGAUAUCCUUGACAAUGUGAUGCUUUCGCCGCUACCGGCGCACCACAGGGUGUUCAUCGUGGAUGAUUGCAACACACUGCCGCCUGACACGUGGAGUGUCAUAUCGAAGGUUGUCGAGCGUGCCCCUCGGCGCGUGGUUUUUGUUCUCAUCAGCCCAAAUCUCGAUCUCCCACAUAUAAUUAUGUCAAGGUGCCAAAAGUUCUUCUUCCCCAAACUCAAGGAAUGCGACAUUGUCAACACUUUGCAGUGGAUUUGUACUAGUGAUGGCCUAGAUGUCGAUAGAGAUGCCUUGAAGCUUAUUGCUUCCCGGUCAGAUGGGUCAUUGAGGGAUGCAGAGAUGACCUUGGAUCAAUUGAGUUUGCUUGGGCAGAGAAUUACAAUGCCACUUGUUCAAGAACUUGCUGGCUUGGUUUCUGAUGAUAAAUUGGUAAAUUUGCUUGAUUUGGCACUAUCUGCUGACACUGCAAACACGGUGAAAGCUUUGCGUGAUAUUACUGAGACAGGUGUUGAGCCUUUGUCCCUAAUGUCUCAACUCGCCACAAUAAUAACUGACAUCCUUGCUGGCACCUACACAUUCACACAGGAAAGAAUUCGAAGAAAAUUCUUCAAACGUCCAACCUUAUCAAAGGAGGAUAUGGAAAAAUUGCGACAGGCCUUGAAAACACUCUCUGAAGCUGAAAAACAGUUGAGGGUCUCAAAUGAUAAGAUGACCUGGCUUACAGCUGCUCUGCUCCAGCUUGCUCCUGAUAAACAGUAUGUACUGCCAAGUUCAUCGACAAGUACAAGUUUUAACCAGGGUUUGCCUACAUACCCUGAUGGUGAUAUAGCAAGGAACUCUGGUCCGCAUGGGUUAUCAAGAGCAUCUGACCAAGAAAAUCAGCAAUACAGAAGAAAUGCUAAUCUGGGGAUUUGUUCUAGCCAUGUCACGGCAAACACUUACCAUGGUGGAAGGGGACUCAGGGAACAUACACCAGAUGGCCAUAUGUUGUCAACAAGUGCUACCAGAAUGAAUGAAGGAUCUAAAUGUAGCAAAACUGACAACGAGAUGAUUUGGCAAGCUGUUCUAGAAAAUGUUCAGUCAGAUUCGUUGAGAAAAAUGAUGGCUAAAGAGGGACGGGUGAUUUCUGUUAGCCUUGGCACAGCACCAACUGUGCAGUUAAUGUUCAGCUCUCGUGUGAAUAAGUCCAAAGCCGAAAAGUCGAGGGGUCAAAUUUUGCAAGCAUUUGAGUCUGUUCUUUCUUCUGCUAUAAUACUUGAAAUCCGAUAUGAAUCGAAGGAUGGCGGGGAAGAUGUUGAGGAUACAUAUUCCAACAUCGCAUUAACGAGGUCUUUCACGAAACAUAGUUCAGUUUCUUCUGGAGGUGAGAAUUUAGUUAGCAGGCUCCAGAAAGGCAGAGUAGCCCAGGGUACUAGCUCAAAUCAGACAAGAUGGAUGCAAUCUGAUCCACACAUAUUGACUGAAGGUGAGAUUAUUGAAGUGGGCCCUUCUGAAAUGGAAUGGUACGGGGAACCAGAUACUGGUGCAAAUAUACGUCCUCUGGGAGGAACAAAUGAACAUGAUCAGCAAAAAAAUAUAGUAAGAGGUAAGGUAUCUCUUGCUCAUGUUAUUAACAAGGCGGAAGCUUGUUCUCAACAAGGAGGCUGGUCAAGACAAAAAGGGAUGUCAAUAACAGAAAAGUUAGAGCAAGAGAAUUUGAGAUUAGAGCCUAGGUCGAGUCUGCUUUGUUGGAAAGCUUCAAGCACUACUAGACGGAAGCUCUCAGCAUUGAAGAUAAGGACUCGAAGAUCGCGAGCCCUAUCAAGACUCGUCUUGUGCGGAAGGUGCAUUUCAGUGAAAUCUCCAAGAUAACAUGCCGCCCGCCGAGGUCCACCAGAUUUUUCAUGGAGCUAAAUUGAUCUCUGUGGCUGAUUCUCUGUAAUUGUAGCAACCUGUAAGAAUGUAGGUCAUUCUGUACAUCGUUUAACUUUAACAUGUAGAAGAAUGAGAAAUUUCCAUCAUGUCCAUUCUUUUCCCUGAAAUGGUUAGAAAUGCCAACAGCAA